UCGAAGCUGCCACGCCGCCGGCCAGUGUGCAAUUCGCCGACUACAGCAUGGGCACAUUUGUUGGCCAUCGCGCCAUGAGCGCACUCAGCGCAGAGAAGGUCAUGCCCAAGGCGCCGACGACGCUCAAGCACGGCAAGGUACCCAAGUCCAUGGCCUUUGUCCACCUCGUCGUGCGCUCCGUGCGCCCGAUCCUCUCGGACGAUGGCACCUACAUGGAGUACGACAUUGAGAUGGCCAACACACGCAACGGCCUCGUGUGGAACAUCCGCAAGCGCUUCUCGCGCUUCCUGGAGCUCCAGAGCCAGAUCGACGCGCUCCUCGAGGCCGGCCACUGCCAGCACUGCAGCAAUGUGCUCGACCUCGUCCAGGACCUCGAGCUGCCGCCCAAGAAGUGGGCGCUGCGUCUCUUUAGCAACUCGGUUGUCGACGAUGGCCUCGCCGCGAUGCGCGCCCGCCUCUUUUGCGCGUACGCGACGGGCCUCCUUGAGAUUGGUGCUGAGAAGCCGCAUCAGCAGUGCCCACUUGUCGCCGAGGGGUACCUCCGGCUCGUGCUCGCGUUUCUAACGACGCCGUCCGUGUACAUGGAAAUGAACAAAAUCAAGCUCGCGAGCCGUGUCAAGAGCGGCGCGCCGCUCAUGAAAGCGCCGCCGCUCGUCCUUCAGCGCGCGCGCAGCGGCGGCAAGAAGAUGGCGAUGCUCGAAACCAUCUUGGAGCAGGACAGUCGUAGUAGUACAGUAGUUAUCAUGGACGCGCCGAGCUGCUGACACCCCCAAUGCAACGUGUACAUACCCUCCUUCGCCUCCUACUUGGUCCCACCACACCGCAACGGGACUCGGGGCACACGCUUCUGGCCAGUUGGCUCGUCGCGCAGUCAACGUCUUCGGGUACCUUCGAUGUGUAUCGACCGACCUUCCUUGAUCACUGUCCACCCGAUAUGCCCACCCAACCUUCGCCCACGGUCAACGUCCCAGUCCUCAUCUCCCACCCACAGCAGUGAUGCUGCUGCCUGCGGCAAAUAUGCUUCCUUCCAGCGCCUGACAUUUGCACCUGCCAUUUUGCCAUUUUGCCUGCCAGCGAUAAGAACAAAGUUGAAUAAUUGCCUAAUAAACUAGUUGAUUGC